AUGGAUCGAAUCUCAGAGCUUCCUGAAUAUAUUGCUCAUCACAUACUCUCGUUUUGUAAUACAUCCGAUGCCCCUCCUGCAGAGCUUGUUCGAAUGAGUGUAUUGUCCAAGACCUGGUUUCACCUAACCGCUUCUUUCCCGAUUUUAAAUUUCAAGAUUGAUAAUUUUGUAUCGCGAGAUAGUUUUUUUAAGUAUGUUGAGUAUACCACCUCAAGGUUUUACCAUCAAAAUCUCACUGCAUACAGGUUCAGGUUCAAGGCAACUCUCGAGGCGCCUGCAGAAUUGGAUAUUGUAAACAGAUGCCUUGAAUUACUUCUUAAGAAAGGCGUGACGAAGUUGGUGAUUGAUAUUACUAACCCAUCAGAAUCUGUUAUGCCAAAGUACCGUUUGCCUAACAUAGUCCUAUCUGUUUCUGUAUUAAAAUAUCUGACUAUUCGUGGCUGUGACUUACCUUCCUCCUUGUUGAUUGAUGCUCUCAAGUUUAAGUCUUUGAUUUAUUUGGAACUCGAACAUGUCUACAUAGAUGACGAAGUGAUUAAGUAUCUCACUGCUAGUUGCCCUCUUCUACAAAUUAUGAUCGAAGAGGGCCACCGCAAAUCAUGUUGGCUUCAUGCGAAAAGCUAA